AUCAAAAAUUAUAAAUGGAGCCAAAAUCAGAAGGUAGAGAUUAAAUCAAUCAAAUAAAAUCAUAAUUCAAAGUUUAAUCAAAUGCUCCAUAAUUUCCUUACUAACUUCCUUAGUGUGGGCCCUCCUCCAGAUAACCCCAGCUGUGACUUGCACUGGAUUUUCCCUUCAUAUUUUCUGUAACUUCUUAUUUUCUCUCUCUAUCUCUUAUUUUCUCUUUCUAUCUCCUUCCUUUUUCUUCUCUGAUUUUUUCCUUCAUUGGCAAGAUCUGGGCUUAUUGUUCUUAUCUUGCCAAGAGAACAGGGCCAAGAAAAGUUAAUAUCUUUUUAAAUUUUUCAUUAUUUUGGGUAAUUUGUGGAAAAUAAAUUAUUUAGAGAGAUUUUAUAUUUUAGAUCUUGCCAAAAAAGUGAUUAAUUUCAGCUUGAUGAAUUAGGAGAUGGGGAAGAAAGGGAAUUGGUUUUCUGCUGUGAAGAAUGCCUUGAGCCCUCAAUCUAAGAAAUCCAAAUCGAAAAAGAAAAGCCCGGCUGAAAACAAGAGCUCGGAAGCUGUUACUUCAAAUGAGCAAGUAACUGUUACCAGUACUUCUCCUCCUACUCCUCCGGCAUUGCCUCCAGCAUUAGCUGUAGAGUCAAAGCCAAAUGAAAUCGACGAUGUUGAUGGGCAGAAUAAGCAUGCUUAUUCAGUUGCACUUGCCACAGCCGCUGCUGCAGAGGCAGCUGUUGCGGCUGCCCAGGCUGCUGCUGAGGUUGUUCGACUGACGACUGUUCCUCGCUUUGUUGGAAAAUCUAAGGAGGAAAUUGCGGCUAUUAAAAUUCAGACUGCAUUUCGGGGAUAUCUGGCAAGGAGAGCAUUGCGGGCUUUGAGAGGAUUGGUGAGGCUAAAAUCAUUGAUCGAAGGGCAGUCUGUGAAACGUCAGUCAGCAACAACCUUAAGAUGCAUGCAGACACUUGCUCGUGUUCAAUCCCAAAUUCGUGCGAGGAGGCUUAGGAUGUCGGAGGAGAACCAGGCUCUUCAACGCCAACUCCAGCAGAAGCACGAGAAAGAGCUCGAGAAGUUGCGGAUGGAUGAAAUAUGGGAUGAUAGCACACAGUCUAAAGCACAGAUUGAAGCGAAUCUACAGCACAAGCAGGAGGCUGCCAUGCGAAGGGAACGAGCUUUAGCUUACGCAUUCACUCAUCAGCAACUUAAGAACAGCAAAAGUUCAAACCCAACAUUUAUGGACCCGAACAAUCCUCAGUGGGGAUGGAGCUGGUUAGAACGAUGGAUGGCUGCUCGUCCAUGGGAGUCAAGAAACACAACAAUUGAAAAGGAUAAUGAUCACGGCUCAGUGAAGAGUUUCCGUUCAGUCUCUGUUGCAGGCGAAAUAAACCGAGCUUAUGCUCUCCGAGAUCUUAAUAAGGACAAGCAAUCUCCAACCGGUCAAAGGCCAAGCCGCCCUCGUAGCCGUCAAUCCCCAUCAAACCUCGCACGUGGUCAAUCCUCCGGCCCAGGAUCUGGGAAACCAAGACCCGAGAGUCCAAAAACAAAUGGGUGGGCUGUGCCUGUGGAUGAUGACACAAAGAGCAUGAUGAGCAUUCAGUCGGAACGUUUCAGGAGGCACAGCAUUGCCGGAUCUUCAGUUCGUGAUGAUGAGAGCCUCGCAAGUUCUCCUGCAGUUCCGAGUUACAUGGCACCGACAAGAUCCGCUAAGGCUAAGACAAAGCUGUCUAGUCCUCUAGGAGUGGUCGAGAAGAAUGGUACACCACCCGAUCAGAAGCUGCCAUCUAUGGUCGGGUCGGCCAAAAAGAGGCUAUCCUUCCCCGCGUCUCCAUCUCCAGGUGUGCCCCGAAGGCAUUCAGUCCCCGGAAAAAUCGAGAGCACGCCUUUUAAAGAUGUCCCUGUUCAUACUAAGAUAUCUGUCGGCAAUGGCGGGAGCUGAUACGCGCAUAUUAAAAACAAGAUCUACCAUAAAAUCAGCUUGUCGAGCCAACUGAAAGGUGUGAGAUAUUACUUGUACACAAAGUCUAUUCAUCCUUUUUAAGAUUUCAAGUGCGAAGAUUGAAUUAAGAAAGGAUUGCUGUUGGGGAUUGAUUGUAUUUGUUUUUUUAUUGUUUGUUCAUCACAGAAAAAGGUCUAUCCAUUAGUGUCUGAAAUCUUCAUUGUUACUUUGUUAGAGUGUUAUUUGUGAUAAAUUAUAUUAAUUUGUUUCAUUUUACGAGUGUCCAAAUCACAAUUUGUUGUUUUGUUUGAUCA